CUUGACCCACACUCGAGUAACUUUACCUACCCGACGUUGAGGAAGGAUCGCGAUUCACGUCAGAGUUUUUGAAUACCCUCACUUUAAACAAUGUCGACCAGCACAACCCACGGCACGCCGGCAGUUCAUGGCCUCGAUGUCAGUGACAAAACCCAGUGCGCUCACUGGCAUUCCGCAAAGGAUAUCAUCGCCAUCAAACACAAAUGCUGCGGCAUGUAUUAUGCAUGCAUAUCCUGUCACGAGGCCAUCGCUGAGCACGAAAAUCAAGUGUGGCCGAAGAAGGAACAGGAAACAACCAAAGCUGUGCUUUGUGGGAACUGUCGCCGCGAAUUGAACAUCACAGAAUAUCUACGGUGUGACAACAUUUGUCCAAAUUGCAAGGCAACUUUCAAUCCUGGCUGUCGAAACCAUUACCAUUUAUAUUUCGAGGCUUGAAAUGGCUUGCUUCUAGAAAGCCUUGGAUACCACCGAGAAGAUUUGUCUUCAGCACUCGAUACACGAUGUUAUCGCUCCUGCGCAUACAGAUCAUUCCUCACCAAAGAGCAAGGAAGAAAAUGCAGGUCCAUAUUGAAGAAGAGCAAUUCCUCUGUAUAAGG